UAAAUACUCACAAUAUGGCUUCAAAUUACAUUUCUGCCACUGUUUCUUCGAUCCUAUUGUUCUUAUUGUGUUCCUCUUCUCUCUUCGGAGCUUCCAUGGCUGCUCUUGUUCAGGAACAACCUCUUGUUCUCAAAUACCACAACGGUGCUCUUCUUAAAGGAACCGUGACCGUUAAUCUCAUAUGGUACGGUAAAUUUACCCCUAGCCAACGGUCUAUAAUCGUUGAUUUCCUUCAAUCGUUAAACUCCCCAAAAGCCCCAAAUCCUUCAGCUGCUUCCUGGUGGAAAACAACUGAGAAAUACAAAACUGGUGCCUCCACUGUUACUCUAGGAAAACAAAUUCUCGAUGAAAAUUGUUCUUUAGGAAAAUCUCUGAAAAAUUCACAUAUUGUGUAUUUGGCUUCCAAGGGUGGUUAUAUGGGUAGGUCGGUGAACUUAGUGUUGACGGCGAAGGAUGUAUUCGUGGAAGGAUUUUGUAGCAGAUGUGGGUCCCAUGGCUCAAGUCGGGGUAAAGUCCGUUUCACUUACGCUUGGGUUGGUAACUCGGAGACUCAGUGCGCCGGUCAGUGUGCUUGGCCGUUUCAUCAGCCUAUCUACGGCCCACAAACGCCGCCUUUAUUGGCGCCGAACGGUGACGUUGGCGUUGACGGGAUGAUUAUCAACGUGGCAACGGUUUUGGCGGGAACCGUGACGAAUCCGUUUAACAAUGGAUACUUCCAGGGGCCAGCGACGGCGCCGUUGGAGGCUGUUUCGGCUUGUACCGGUAUGUUUGGGUCGGGUUCUUACCCUGGUUAUCCGGGUCAAACUCUAGUUGAUAAGAGUACGGGUGCUAGCUAUAAUGCGCAUGGGGUUAAUGGGCGUAGGUUCUUGCUCCCUGCUAUGUGGGACCCAACUAAAUCUGCAUGCUCGGCACUCGUUUGAGAAAGAAACAAUCAAGAGGGAGAUAAGGAGAAGAAAAGAAGAGGGUGGUGGGAUUGGGUGUGGACGAGUCUACGUAUGUUCAUUGUUCCUUCAGGAUUUGGUGGACUGAGGAAUUGCAAGUGUGGGGGUGGGUGGGUGGUUGUCGUUUUGUAUGACUGUAUAUUCCUUUGCUUUUAUGUUUUCUAAAAAAUGUGUAAAAUGCAAUGCCUAUAGGACUAUAAUUAAA